AUGGCCGAGGUUCGACACGAGUCUUCCGGGAGUUCAUUGGAGAACCAGGAGCGCGGAGGCAACUGGAGUGCCGGAAACAGGGAAGACCUGCUGAAGGAGGAGCGCCUGACUCUGGCCCCGGGGGAGGUGAAGAACUACAUGGACGUGGGCUUCGCUUCUGUGUACCUGAAGGGCACAGAGUACGGCAUGCCCAUUAUGAUCGUGGAGGCUGCCGAUGUGGAAGUCACCCACGAGGCGCUGGAAAAGGCACUGAGUGCCAUUUCCUCGGUGCUCCGAGAGCGGGUGGACUUUGCCAUCUGCUACGACUUGCGGAACAUGAGGAGGCCCGCCAUGAGUGACUCUCGUACCAUCAUCAACUGGAUGAACGACGAGGAGCUUAGCGUUUUGCUCUGCAAGCAUGCGAUGAUCACCUGCGUCAUGGUGGGCAAUACCUGGGCUGGGAUGGCGAUCAGCGGAGGCACCAAGCUGAUCCAGGGCCUGUGCUCAGCAAAGAAGCCCACGGCCGUGGUUUAUACCGAGGAGGAGCGGGAGAAGUUCUUGAAGAGCUCCAUCCUGAACUUUAUGGCAAGCAAGUGCGACAGCAGGUCGACUGCUGACGAGUGA